AUGUUGGUAACAUCCUUAGAGUUUGGAAUCACACAAGCCCAAUCAACACCAAAUCCAUUGGUUAGUUAUUAUCUGCCCGUGAACCAGUCGUUCACAGAAGACACGACAAAUGCAUGUUACUUCAAAUUAUCUGUGAUCAUCAAUUCAGCAGGCUUCCCAAAUGCCGUUGGCUUACUAGAUGGCGUCUCUAUGAAUGGUAAUGACGCUGUAAAGAUCGACUUGCCCUACGGCUACAACUGCAGCACAUGCUCAGCAUGGCGAUUCAAUGAGGCUAGUGUCCUUGCAAGCACCACCCUCGUCAACGUCUCGAUCGACGUCAGGUUUGAGAAUGGCAAUCAGCCAGCCAUCGUCGUCAACACCUUCAAUUGCACAAAGAUAGUAGGAGGUAGCAUGGGUCCUGCUAAGAUACAUGGAAGCCUAAUUGUACUACAGGAUCAGAAACAGAUUGUGCAAUAUGUUGAUUGGCCAACAUUGCUAACGGCCAGCUCAAUGAUGUGUGAGGUGACACCAUUGACCGUCAACAUUAAGUGCAACAUAUAUGAUGUAGCUCAGGCAUCAUUUCCCAACAUAACCAAGAUAUUCAAGGUUGUGAUCAGUGUCACCACUCAAGCAGGUUGGACCACAUCGAUGACCAUAAAGAUGAACUCAACUCAACCUGGAAGCUCUGUAUUCACCUUCCCAAUCGCACCAAUAUAUAACCUGGCAACAUGUGAUGGUGGAUCCAUGACCACAAGUAGGAUGGACUUGGGGACUGAGUAUCAAUCGAAUAUUGGUGGGGUUAGCUACUCUGGAUUCCAGAUCGAUGUGGUAAAUAAUGCUAAUCCAUCUUGUGCUGACAUGCCAUUGGUGUUGGAUUGUGCUGCCACGAUGGUCCAUGUCGCAGGUACAGGUCAAAACCCAACAUACUAUGUGUUUGGUCCAACAUCAGUGUUCCCAUGCACUGUGACAUUGAUGAGCAUGACGUCCACCUCCAACACAAUGGUGGCCACCAAGCUUAUCACUCCUAUCACUUGGGUCACUGGCACACCGACAAUCUCAACGAACCCGACGAGCUAUAUCUCGACCAACUCAUCACCAAUCGCCUUGGAUCUCUUUUUCAACAAGGGAUACACUCCACUUGGAUACUCUAUCUUCCAACAAAUGGACACAUUGACCAACAUGUUGGCACCAACGUCGCCAAUUGAGUAUCCAUAUGGCUUUGGCAGUGGAACUACAGCAUCGUACACCUACACCAACACGUUGCUUGAGCCUCCAUUCAUGAAGAACCCAUUCAAGCUGCAGUUCACCAAUGGCGCGACUGUUCUCAACUCUGCACAACUGCCACUGGACGCGUCCUCGAUCAAGGACAGCCAGGGCCCAUAUCUCAGCUCGUUCACCUACAAGACGAUCGACCCCAACUUGGUGCGUAUCAAGGCAGUGGUCAUCGAUGAUAUGUCUGGUGUGAGAGAGCUCAACAUCGAUCACUACUGUCUAAAGGGUGCCAGCAUGUCAAAGUAUAACGUCAACUUCACUCGAGUUGAGUUUGACCUGGUGAUCUCGCUCAACCUAUUCGACCCCAUAUAUACUGUAUCCGUGGCGGACUUCUCUGGCAACACACGCGUCUACACCAUUGGCGACAACCUCAUGGUUGACUCCACACCAUUCCCCAACUUCUAUCCCAAGCUGGAUGUAUUCAACAUUACCCAAGCAUAUAUUAUAUUCUACUGGGACAAGUCUGCAUCGCUGUACUUCAACUUGACAAAUCCAGACCCUUCAUGGGACAUGAAGAAUUGGCAACCUCAGUUGUUGAUGCUUAACGCUUAUGGCACACUCAAUCAAUACGGUAGCAUCAACACCCCGACCAGCGGAGAGUUGGAGGGCACCUCCCAACUGUUCCAGAUCAAGAUCGAUUAUAGUGGCUACCCCGUCGGCAAGGAUGUCCCAUUCUUCCUGAUCAACAAGGACAUCGACUUCACCACGCUCAAGGCCAUCCACAAUGUCUCCUACCAGGGCUCAGGCUACACCUUUGAUGUGAGGGCAAUGAAGGUCAACGCAACAUCUGCCAGCCCGACUAUUGACUUGAGCAGCGGCUCAGGAGGCGAGAUACGUUGGGACUUUGUAGUUGAUCGUCUCGCCAUGCUAGAGAACCUGUAUGUGGUCAUUGCAUCAACAGCUGAUCCCACCACAUUCACGUUCGGUCUGGUCAACGGAUCUAUGUCUGCCACAGUCAACAUCGCGCCAGCCUGCAAGUCCCAGACAUACUACAUUUCCUCGAUGAUCACAACCGACAUCUUUGGAAACAAUGUCACCUAUGACAGGUAUGGCACGACGUUCCCUGUGAGUCCGCUGGGCGGCCGUCUGGAUAACGUCACCAUCACCUGUCCAAACAUCGUGGACACCCAGCCACCCACCCUCAAGACGUUCACCAUCACCCCGUUGGUGCCCAACCGUAGAUACCAGUUCAAUGUCUCAAUCGAGGAUACUGGCAACGCAGGAUUACACUCGAUUCACGCGCCAGUCGUCUACCUCACGUCAAUGUCAUUCGACGUACUGACCGUGGAGACCUCCAUUCUAAACUAUGACUCACUGAUGAACUUUAGCGCAGUGGUCGACAUCCCAGCUGGCUUUGGAUACGGUGGUUUGCUCCUGUCCGUGCACGGCCUGAUCGACGCCAUUAGCAACUUCAAUGGAUACUCGUCUGGCGACCUCAAGGCCAACGGCUUGCAGUACAUGCUGGACACCAAGAUCAUUGAUGUGCCCACCGUGUACAGCACCCAAGGAUCAUUCACCAACGCACUCACAGUGUAUGGCGAUGCCUUGGGCCAGGACAUCAGUGUGAUCAAGGGUAUACUCGAUUGUCGUGAUGGAGGCAAAGUGCAUGUCUUGACGCCAAGCAAGCUGACCGGGGCGUUCAUCGUCGACUUUGACUUGUCCAAGAGUAACAUUGUGUUGAAUGCAGCUCAGUGUUACUUCAAACUACAAGUUGGCACAGUCUACACAAAGGACUUGAUCAUCACAAACAAAACAUACGUUGCACCGCCACCUCCAUGUCCAGGCACGCCACCCUGUGGCGGCAAUGGACAGUGCACACCAUUUGGCUGCAACUGUUCUAUUGAGUGGACGGGCAGCGACUGCAUGUUCAAGCCCAACAACAAGGUCGAUGCACAAGCCGCCACAGACCAGCCAACAAUGGUCAUCACUUCGACUGAUGACUCUAGUGCCAACGCCACAGUCAUCGCCAAGACGCAGAGUUUUGUCAAUGUCAUUGCAGUCGAGGAGAUAUCGGCUACUGGCGACGUCUUCAAGUCCUACACACUGGCUGACUGGCGCUUCAGCAGCUCAUCCAAUGACCAGGUGACCAGGUACAUGUACAGCACCAAUCUCAAGGACACGGCCACCGUGAUCAACGUCACCAUCGACCUGUAUGGCACCCAAGGCGGCCAGGUGCAGUUUGCCAACCAGACAAUCUUCCUGUCGCCAUCCUCACUCAAGUACACCAUUACUCUGUCAUCCUACCGAUUCAACACCAGUCUCAACUCGCUCCGCGUCGUCUUCUCGGGCGGCAUGUCCAACAACGACUCGGCCAUCACAUCCUGUUCGACAUCCGACCAGAAGCUUGGAGUGAUUGGCGGCGAUUUCGAGAUCAGUUGGCUGCAGCUGCGUUUCAAUGACAACAUCCUGUACGCCAGGUUCCUCAAGAAUGGAGUUGUGGACGGCCGCCCAGCCGUGCUAAACAACCGCGUGAUUGGCAACGAUUCGGCCACAGGCCAGAUCAACAUGCGUGUCGCCACCUACGUUCCCCAGUACAACGAUCGUGUCGUGAUCGAUCCAGACUUCCAGUUGCUGAUGGAUCCAAACUCGCGUGUCGACGUCUGUGGCAAGCGCGGUGGUGGCAACGGAGGAUUGUCCACCGGCGUGAUCAUUGGUGUGGUUGUUGGUGUAGUCUGUGGCACGAUACUGGUAGCAGUUGGCGUUGGCUACUGGGUGAGACACAAGUGGUUGAUCAGAUACCGUCUUGGUCAUGGCAAAUCCAAAACCAAGAUGACCAUACUGUGA